GCCCCUUUCUCCUCCCACCCUGCCCGCCUUGCUUGUUCAGCCCAACCCAGAGAGAGUCCCGGGUCUUUCAAUUGGUGGAGGGUUAGAGGGUCGGUGCUUCUGAUUGGUCAAGCCUCAGGAGGUGGGGCGAACUGAGAGGAACAAGAAAUUGAAUGGUGAAAAGGAAAGUCAGUCAGGUGCCGAGUCCCUCCUUCAGUGAUUGGCGGGUAACCUAGCAACGCAGGCACCGCGGAGGGAACUGUGCUGAGGAACCUGGAGCCCUCGAAGCAGGGUCGCCAGAGACAAUAACAGCCGGAGACUGGUGCCGCCGAGGGCAUACGGAGGCAAAGAGACGGCUCAGAAAAUGGCUCUAGAUGUCCUCGGGGUGGCCCCUCUCUACCAGGGCCCCGACAUCAACAGAAUGAGGCUGACAGCAGAGCCAUCCAAGAAGCCAGCCUCCCUGCUAAAACCCUUGGUCCCCUCUAAGUCCAAACUCACCACCAUUGAGACCAAGAGGGUCAUGUCCGUACUGGAUGAGACCAUCCACAAGGUGGAGCUGGUGACCCUGCUGUCCGAUGUGAGUGCCAAUUACGAGACUCUGGAGGGGAUGCUGGGGGAGGACAUCAUGAAGGCCGUGAGAGAGCACGAGAAGAUCUGCCACAGCCUCCUGGACAGUGUCGCUUACCUGCAGGAGAAAGAAAGGCGAAUGCAGGAGGAAGAAGAGUUUGAGGAAGAAGGGUGGCUCAGAGACCGCUUCCUCUCCAAAGAACUGCAGAAAUCCCACCUCCUGCCCCUUAUGCAACAGAUCAAAGAAUCCACCAAGGACAUCCUGAGACUCUUGCUCAAUAACCCACAGGUGGUGAGGCUCUUGCAGAAGCACACCCUGAGCAGGAGCGCUGAAGCCCAGAAUUUCAUUGAUUGCCUGAUAGAACUGCGGGCUUUCCUGUUCGAGAAGCUACUCACUAGUCCCGUGGAAGCUAGAGACAAGACUCAGUUCAUACAGGAUAUCAACAGACGGAACAGGAGGAACCAAGAAAUCAUUGAGACUCUUGAAAACGAAUUGGCGGCGAGCAUGAAGAGCAGGGACACAGAGGUGGAGAAAGAGAACUUUGUGAUCCAAGAACUGAAAAACCACCUGCACCAGGUGCUCAAGCUCUCAGAGAACAGCCUUCUUCGCACCAAGCAGGAGGCCGAGAAGCAGCAGAAGGCCGACUUCCGGGCCUCACAGGCCAGGGUGGCCAAGAUCCAGCAGGAGUUACUGACCCUGAGGUCCCAAUACCACAACCUGGUUGUGGAAAACCGGGAGGCAGAGCAGGCGCUGAGGAAGAAGAAAUAUAAAGUGGAGACGGAAAUCGAGAACUGGAUCCAGAAGUAUGAUAUGGAGAUGGGUGAGAAGCAGGAAGAGUACGAGGAGCUUGACAUCAUCCAUAAGGAGGAGAAGGUCCAGCUGGAGGAGCUGAAGCAGAAGCACAAUGUACUAGUGGAGGAGUUCUCCCAGAUCCAGGCCGAGCGGGAGGUCAAUGCCAAGAAGAGAAUAGAGGCCGAGCAAGAGAUGCUGCGCAUGGUGCGGGCUGCCACACUCAUCCAGGCUUUGUGGAAGGGCUACCUGGUCCGCUCCAUGCUCAAGUCCAGGAAGAAGAAGCGGAGCAAGAGCAAAGGGAGGGUCAAGGAGAAGGGCAAAGGCAAGGGCAAGGCCAAGGCCAAAGCCAAGGCCAAGGCCAAGAAAUGA